GGGCCGGGCGAGCGCGGAAGCCCGGGAAAGAGGCGCCGGGAUGGAGUCCUGGGCCCUGGCUCUGCUGCUGCUGUGCGCGGCGGCGAACCCAGCCUGCGCCUUCACCCUGGCUGGACCUGGGGGCCGAGCGCCGGGGGCAGCUUUCCAGGAAAGUCUUAACAGACAUCGAUAUUUGAAUUCUUUAUUUUCUAAAGAAAACUCCACGGCCUUCUAUGGAAUAAAUCAGUUUUCUUACUUAUUCCCCGAGGAGUUUAAAGCCAUUUACUUACGAAGCAAGGCUUCCAAGCUCCCCAGAUAUGUGGCGGGCGGACAGACGACCUUCUCUAGUGAGUCUCUGCCCCUGAGAUUUGACUGGAGGGACAAGCACAUCGUCACGCCGGUGAGAAACCAGCAGACGAACCAGACGUCAGACGUAGGCGGGUGUGCAGACCUUGGCCUGGGCUCCACCAGAAAGCCUGCCCGCCUCGCCUUUCCACCUGUGGUCCCCACGGGAGAGGUCGGCUUGAGAAUUCGGAGUCUGCAUGUUCUGGAAAAUCUACGUGCAAUUUCAAAGUGCGGGGCAUGCUGGGCCUUCAGCGUGGUGUCGGCCGUGGAGUCCGCCUGCGCCAUGGCGGGGGCGCCUCUGCGGGAGCUGAGCGUGCAGCAGGUCCUGGACUGUGCCUACGAUGACCGCGGCUGUGGCGGGGGCUCCACCCUCAGCGCACUGAACUGGCUCAACAAGACGCAGGUGAAGCUGGUGGGGGAGUCGGAGUACCCGUUCACAGCCCGCGACGGCAUAUGCCGCUUCUUCCCCGCUUCCUGCCCCGGCGUCUCCAUCCGUGGGUACUUGGCCUACGACUUCAGUGCCCAAGAAGACGAGAUGGCGAAAGCCCUCGUGGCGCUAGGUCCACUGGUGGCCGUCGUGGAUGCAGUGAGCUGGCAGGACUAUCUGGGAGGCGUGAUCCAGCACCACUGCUCCAGUGGAGAAGCAAACCACGCAGUCCUCGUGACUGGCUUUGACAAGGCAGGACAGACCCCGUACUGGGUGGUGCGGAACUCCUGGGGGCGUUCGUGGGGCCUGGACGGCUAUGCCCGCGUGAAAAUGGGGAGCAACAUCUGCGGGAUCGCGGAUUCCGUCUCUGCUGUGCUUGUGUGAUGUGUCGGAUGGAUCGAGACGCCAGUGAGAGGAGAGUUUUCGAGGGGCAGACGUGCACACGGCCCUCCGCUAAGCUUCACCUGGCUUCGAGGGGCAGACGUGCACAUGGGCCCCCCCGCUGAGCCUUGCACCUUCCAGCUUUGGCAGUUCCACAGAGAGGUCUCGGCCCGGGCGUGUUUGCACUGAGGAGUGGGUGGUGCUCCUAGAGGGACAGUCGGGCCCACGGGAGGCUGCGGGACAGUCCCCUGCUCUGGGAGGGAGCGCAGGUCCUGCCAACCUGAGGAUGCUGUGGUUUGCUUUUGUUUGCUUUAUUUGGGGAGAAGUGGAAGUAUUUGUUUAUUUUUAAUGAAGUAUUUCAGACACGAA